CAUUUUUGCGGCCUUCACUGGUGGAAAUGAAAUAAUAACUGCAGCCUGGAGACGAGGAUAUGUCAGACAGAGGGAGGCCGGAACCUGAAGGAGGAAAGAACUGGAGGAAUUCAAAGGCUCUCUUAAGUGGAAAGACUCGGGCUGACCAGGAAGGGAAGGUGCCGGCUCCAGUCGAGCCUGUUGCAAGGAUAUUGGAGCCCAGAUCAAGGCCAUGCGUGGGGAGGCUGUCUGCACGGCCCGGCACGGAUGCCCAUGUUCUUCCUGUUUCCUGUAUCCAAGAAUAAUGGCCUUUUUCGACACGUCUAGUGGUCAUUAUCAGUUGGAUUGGUUACCCUCCACAAGCUCAGCACCCUCACCAGGACAUCUCCUCAGUAUACAUCCUCUCGAGUGACAAGUCACAGCACAGAGCAUUUUUACAGCAGCUGAUCUCAGAUACCUGACAGCCAUGGUGUGGAUUUUCUUGCUCUUGUGCCACCUCAGUUUGGCCAUCUCCACACUGGCGAUUAACCCCAGUCAAAUCAAAGUUUUCCCAGAAACUGGUCGAGGUUCAGGCGUCUUUCUGGCAUCACUCCAACCUGUGCAAAAUAGAAGUCCUCCUUAUGCCUUUAACGCGUCUCAAGCCAGAGAGGUGUGUCUGAUGCUCAAUGCCAUUAUAGCUUCAAGAGCUCAGGUGGAAGAAGCCCACAGAAAUGGCCUGGAGACGUGCAGGUUUGGAUGGGUUGAUGAGCAAAUUGCGGUUAUCCCGCGAAUCACUCCCAGCAAGCUGUGUGGCCAAAAUCAAGUGGGGGUCAUCGUAUGGCGAUCAGUUCCCACUCGAUCUUUUGAUGCGUUUUGUUUCAACUCAUCAGAUAUAAAGACAGAAGUACCUGUUAGCACAACAAAGAUCCCCACAACCGCUAAACCUACGUCCUCAGCAUCUUCAUCACCUACGCCUGCUCCUACUUAUCCUCCAUCUUCCCCCCUCCCCCAAACCACCCAAUCAGCUCCAUCUUCCCCCCUCCCCCAAACCACCCAAUCAGCUCCAUCUUCCCCCCUCCCCCAAACCACCCAAUCAGCUCCAUCUUCCUCCCUCCCCCAAACCACCCAAUCAGCUCUAUCUUCCCCUCCAACCUUGACUUUCUCUUCCACUCUGUCUCCUCCUCUCUCCACUCCUAGCUCUCCUACUCCUGCUUCAUCAACCUAUCUUUCUUCUUCCACCUCUUACCUUCUCCCUCUGAGCACUUCACCUGUUAGCCCCGUUUCUGUUCCACCAUCCCCCGCCAACACUGAGCCCCUGCGGCCGGAGCCCAAGGAUAUAAGCAGCUCAGGGUCACCACUGGGGGAUACAGUCACCUCCCACCACUCUGGUGUUACCGUAGUGGUACCAACUGUACUCAUUGCCAUUCUGUUUCUGUUGGCCACAGUCAUGGCACUCUGGUAUUACAAAAUCAGGAACAAAAGCAGAAUGCUCCCGUUCUGGAGAAGAGGCCGACAGAAAGACGAGUUUGAGACGGAGGUGUGGGAGAACCUCUGUCACGAGGAGGUGAAAGAGCCGCACACACAGAUGGAGCUGGGUGGCUUCAGGAACGACUGCAAAGAAAGUAGCCCGGAGGAGGACUCUCAGACUCACUUUGACUCACCCUAAGGCUGGCUUUCCACAGGACACAAAGUGAACACGCAGCGAAGGCGAAUUUAGGUGGCAUCUGCUUACACUUCCAUGUGAGCUAAUGCUGCGUUCUCCACCAGCAGCAGAACUGCACAGAGGGAGGCAUCCCAGCAGCAGAACAAAUGAUGCAGAGCAGGACACAAGUUUUCAUGCACACUUUAGGCAGAAAAGCCCCAGAGUGCAUUUAUAGAGCACGUGGUGUAUUCAUUGUGCUUUUGUUCAGUUCUACUUGUUUCAGACUCAUCUAUUGAAUGUGUUUUAAGCAGGGAUUCUCAUGUGAUAAAAAAAAUACAAGUCAUUUUCCAUAUUCCAAGCUCCCUUCUCCACCUGAAGUAAAUAAAUUGAUUAAAAGGAGGAUACGUAUAUGCAGAGAUCACACUUUGUUUAUUUUUGAUGCCAAACCAAAAAUGAUUUUAUCUAAAUGAAUGAAUAUCUAAAUUAUUUAAUAAUGAUUUGAUCCAAGAUUUCUUAAACUGUCUGUUUUAUCAUCCAGAGAUAGUCUGGCCUUGAGUGAUUGACUGCAGUGAUUAAAUGAAGGGCAUUGCAGAAGUACUCCCCUCUUCUCUGCUGCUGAUGAUCUGGCUCUCGCAAACUUGCCAUUAAAAAUCAUCCCCAGAUUUAAUUGGCUAAAUAAAUGUUCUCUCCCUCUCCACCUUCGCAAAUGUGUGGUGAGCGUUCUGGCGCAAAAUGGCUGCCGUGCAUCACCCAGGUGGGUGCUACACAUUGGUGGUGGGUGAGGUGAAGUGCUAUAUAAAUGUAAUUAUUAUUAUUAAUAAUAAUAAUAAUAAUAAUAAUAAUAAUAAUAAUAAUAAUAAUAAUAAUUCUCUCGGAAAUCAAGCAAGACUUGUGAUAGAACUUCACCAACGUGGGAUUCCACUUAAGAGCAAUUCAAGUUAGCAUCUGUGCAUCAUUUGGGAAGAAUCGUGAAAAUGUAUGACUUGCAUAGCAAUACAAACAUGCAUUCUUUUACAGGGUGUAUAGCAGGGUGAAACUAAUAAAUAAAAAUCUUUUUGAGGAAUGGUAUGAUGAAUAAAGUGUUUCUGUGAAAAAUGGCUAAAUAUGUAAGAAUUAUGUCAAAGGCCUUUGUCAAAAAAUUCAAAAUACCGUUUUUAUGAUGUGCUUUGAUGGGAAUUACCUGUGUAUUGCAACAAUAUUGAAAUGAAUGAAAAAAAUGAGUUUAAAGAAUUUUAUGAUGAAGAAUGUUAUUCUGAGGAAAAUGGCUAAAUACAGAAGGCUAUAGCCUUAUGUCAAAAACUGUCAGAAAUGUCAAAAAAUGUAAAAUACCAUUUAUAUAUGGUUUAAUGGGAAAUUACCUGUGUAUUGCAACAAGGUAGAAAUAAAUUAAUUAAAUUGCAUUU